UCGACUAGGACUGCCCAUGGACCAAAUACUGCGAUAAGCGAUACAGUGGACAGCCACUCUGAAUAGGAGCGUCAGAUUGCCGUGCGUCCCUCAUUUGGACUUGCGUCAAAAAGUGUUCUAGCAGGUUUUUUUUUCUGGGCUUCAUUUCCUCCGAAGUUAGCGGUAUUUACACUUGAUUUUCUACCUGGAAAGAAAAGAGGGGAUUAAGCGCUGAUUAAGAAACUCUCGUCACUUUCCUGGCAUCUCCUGCGCGCCCGUCGGCUCUCUCGCUCUCCAUUUGGCACUCCAGCGGUCCAAAGUCUUUCAGUCAUUUUGGUGGGACGGCGGACUGAACUGAUGCACAGAGAAUUUCAUCCUCCAAAAACAUUUUUGGAUUAUAAAGAGCAGAUGAUGCAGACAUAGCCAGAGGAGGAAUCUAUCAAAAGCACACCCAGGUUGACAAAAGUGUCACUGGUUUCCUGAAAACGGGCACCUUUUUAAUGUGGACAGUGGAAACGAGACAAAAGUGAAGAUUCAUAAGAUGAUUGUGUCAGGAAAACAUCUGUGAUGAACUUUAGACACUUACGGCCAUGGCAUUAAGUGAGAUUGUCCACAUGAAGUGAAAUCCUGUGCUUUGCAGGGGGGGCUUGAAAGAAGAUUCUUCUUCUUUAAGAAAACUGUAAAUCAUACUUCAUCCAAGAAAACAAACAAUACCUCCACUCCCUCCUCAAUGAGCUGAAUUUGGCACCAGCCCUGGUUUCUGUUUGAUGCUGAAAAUUAAAUAGAGGACAACAGAUCAAGUCAAAAAAGGUGAACCAGACUUCAUUAGAUAAUGUUUUUUGUACUGUGUCACCACAAAUCUGAGACAUCCAGAUUUUUGUGUUUAUUUCCUUAAACACAGUGGUGUGUAAAGGUUUCAUCUUUUUAACCACAGGCUUUUAAAUAUCUUGUACCUGGUCCCUUGGACAUCUUUAUCAUUUCCCUCCUGGCUGUCUGCCAUUUUGCGUUUUCUCUCAUACUUAGCCCAGUGAUACACUGUUUUCCCCGCACUCCCCUCCACACCCUUCUUCACCUUUUCAUACCAUACUGGUUCUCUGAGAGGUUUCAUCCUGGCCGGCACUAUUCCAGCCAAGGGGGAAGAGGACUUCCUGACGCUGGCCGCUUCGCGGCUCAGCCGCAGGAAACGUGUCAUUGGAGCUGCUGUAGGUGUGGCUAUGGUUCUAAUACUGUUGGUGGCAAUUCCCUUGCUGGUCCACACAACCAAAGGGAGAAACACCGGAAAUGCAGGAAGCCAUUAUGAAAUGCUUGGAAGCUGCAGGAUGGUAUGUGACCCCUACACUACAUCUCAGCCUGGCCAGGAGCUGACAGCUGUGUCUCCACCGCCCCAGGAUUACUCUGGGAAGAAGAUAAAGUCUGGGUUUCGUGGGUCUCCAGGGAUCCCAGGCCCUCCAGGAGCGCGUGGACCCCCUGGAGAGCCAGGCAAACCAGGGCCACAGGGGCCCCCAGGUCCAGGUCCUGGUGGCUAUUCUCCCUCGCUCUACACUCCCAAAAUCGCCUUUUAUGCAGGCCUACGCAAGCAGCAUGAGGGGAGUGAAAUAUUGAAAUUUGAUGAUGUGGUGACCAAUGUAGGUAACUACUAUGAGCCCAGCACCGGCAAAUUCACCUGUCCUCUGCCUGGCAUCUACUUCUUCACCUACCAUGUUCUAAUGAGAGGUGGUGAUGGGACCAGCAUGUGGGCAGACCUGAAGAAGAACGGACUGGUAAGAGCCAGCGCCAUCGCUCAGGACGCUGAUCAAAAUUACGACUACGCCUCCAACAGUGUGAUCCUGCAUUUGGACGUGGGCGAUGAGGUGUGUGUGCAGCUGGACGGAGGGAAGGUCCACGGAGGGAACACAAACAAGUACAGCACCUUUUCCGGCUUCCUCAUCUACCCAGACUGAAUCGAAUCCUUACUCAUGGGGAAUGGACACAAACAUACACAUAGAUGCAUUCACACUUACACAGGCAUGUACGUAUGCAAAUUAAUGCACAUACACAGACAUGCACACGCACAAAAAUAUAUACACACAAAUGCAAGCAAACACACACAAAGACACACAUACAGACGACCUGAGAUUACAAGAGACUACAGACGCGUGGAUUGAGUGAAAAUCAGAGAUAAGUGGAAUUAAGUUGAGUUAUAUGAUUUUGAGCCAAUCAUCAUGAGCAAGUGCAUUUAUUGGUGCCCUUUGUGUGCAAAUAUGAAUUUCAGAAUCUGUACAGUAUAGGUGCGCAUAACAAUUGCACGUUGUGGCUCUGAAAUAUCUAAAAUACUUUAAUGUGUUCCAUAUUAACUGACAUUGUGAGAACUAGAAUAUAACAAACACCAUCAGUCUAAUUGUUUUUUAAUGCAAUAAUGGUGUUGAGGGUGCCAUUAAUCAAGAUGACUAAGCUGAUGCAAAUGCACACCUACUGUAUUCCAGUCUUUACCUAUACAGUAUUUACCUUAUACAUUUCUGCUCACCAUUCCAGUGACCUUUGAUCGAUUGGCCUGCACAUAUUUUGCAACUCAUCAUUGUAAAAUAUUUUUUCCUAAAGUGAAAUACGCCAGAUGAAAUGAAUUAAACCCCUGUUGUGAUCCACCCUGCAUUGGGGCAGUACUGAUUAAAAUAAGGCCAUCUGAAUAAACACAGAUGUUUGACCUUUCGUUCCUGUUUCCAUCACAACACAGGAUAUCAAACAACAAAAUAAAACAAAACAUAUUACAAGGCAACACAUUUUAUGGAUGGUACUUGUGUGUGAUGAAGUUUUAAUUGCCAAGUGCAUUAAUGACAAUAUUGUAUGUUUGGGGGGGGGUUGUAUGCCAGUAUGUAUGAGUGGAUAUACAGAUACUGCAAGAUAUUGAGGCAGAGAAAAGUAACAGCUGCAGUGUUUUACUUACAUUAAAUGUUGUACAAUACAUUACAGACAUGUUACUGUAAUUAUACUGCCAUACCUACUUUAUUUUUGAGAGACCCUGUCAAAGUAUCAUCAUAUGUACAGUAUAAACACAGUAAUCCUGGGAUGGGCUAUCUGGUAUGUUGAAUAGGUUGAGUAGACAAUUGCUAUUAAAAUAUCUAUACCUAC